GCGCGCAGCCCCCCCUCCGCCCCCCUACCUCUCUGCCUCUCACUCGUGCGUGAUGGCCGCGGAGACGUCCAGGAGUUUUAAAGGAGGGUGUCGUUGCCAAACUCAGUGCGCAGCCUUUCCGUUUAACGAGCAGAAGACAUGGCACAUAGAUGGAUUGUGUUAAAAUUCUCCGUGAUCAAGUGACUGACUGAAGUUUUCUGAUUUUUUUUUUCUUUUGCUCUUUGGAGUCAGGGGGUAGUCCAGCCACUAAAACAACCAGAAAAAGGGACGGAUCGCAAAAAAUCCAUUAGAAAACCAUGCACUGUUCAUAUCCAUGGAGCGAUGGCAUGCGUGCUCCUCUUCAGUCGACUUCUCCCCUUCUCACACAGGCUCACAAGAACAUCUAUUUGCUUAUUAUCCCUUUUCCUGUCAUAUUUGUGCUACUGUGCACUGUUCAAUGCCGAUACCACCAUGCAAACGGCAGGUGAUCCGACGCCGAGCUGUCAAGGCGGCCAGGCAGACGGAGCCAAAAGGCGCCUUCAGAAAUCCAUCUCCUGCGUUUUGCCGUUGGAUGCGAGACCGAGCAGUGUUGAGGCAUCUCGGCUGAAAACGGACCCAAGACCCUCGUCGACUCUCCACGUCGUCAGGAACGACACGCCCAGUCCUCCGAUGAGUAAUUUAAAGUUUGGGAAUAAAAAGUUACCGAACGCCAUUAUAGUUGGUGUGAAAAAAGGAGGGACGAGAGCUGUUCUGGAGUUCAUAAGAAUCCACCCUGAUGUGCGAGCGGCUGGCACCGAGACACACUUCUUCGACAGGAACUAUGAUAGAGGCCUGGAGUGGUACAGAGGCUUAAUGCCAAGGACUCUUGAAAGCCAAAUCACAAUGGAGAAGACACCAAGCUACUUUGUGACAAAAGAAACGCCACACCGGAUCUCUGCCAUGUCCCGAAAUACCAAACUCAUUGUGGUGGUGCGAGACCCCGUCACUCGUGCGAUAUCAGAUUACACACAGACCUUAUCCAAGACUCCCGACCUGCCGAGCUUCCAGGAGCUGGCCUUCAGAAACCAGUGCCUGGGCAUUGUGGACACAUCCUGGAACGCCAUUCGGAUCGGCCUGUACGCUCUACACCUUGAAAACUGGCUCCGCUACUUCCCUCUGGCUCAGAUCCACUUUGUGAGCGGAGAGCGUCUUAUCACGGACCCAGCAGGGGAGUUGGCUCGGGUGCAAGACUUCCUUGGGUUAAAGCGCAUUGUCACAGACAAACACUUCUAUUUCAACCGCACCAAGGGCUUCCCUUGCCUUAAGAAACCGGAGAGCAGUGGCUCGCCCCGCUGCCUGGGCAAGUCCAAGGGCAGAACUCAUGUGCAGAUAGACAGAGAUGCUAUUGAGCAAUUGCGAGACUUCUACAGACCUUUCAAUGUCAAGUUUUAUGAAAUGGUUGGUCAUGAUUUUAAGUGGGAGUAAAGGUUUGAGACAUAUUUGAAAUGAUAGACGAAAAAUUAAUGUAUUCCACAAAUCUUCUUUCAAAAGCGGUUUGCCUACAGUGAUAUGUCAUGGCUAAGGCGGAUAGCUAACUAUCAGCGGUCUCCAGACAAUUUGUGUGAAACAGCUAAAGCAGCAUUAUGCUUUGAAGUGUCACUAAUGAACAGAGCAAAAUCUAAGAUGACAUUGCUUUUGCACUUGUAAUGAUCAGUAACCAGCCAGCAUCAGCAUCCUGUUUGUUGCUAGAUAUAGCCAUCAUUUCAGCUUCAGGAUCACAUGAUUUCUGCUCCUGUAACUGUUGUAAUGUUGCUGACUUGAUUCCCCAUUUGCUGACUGGUUUAUAAAAAAAGAGAAAAUUCCAGGGAAUGGGAUUAGUUCCCCUUUAAACCUGCUUCACUAAUCAA